AUGGCUGACCCAGAAUACAUCCAAUUUGAAUCUACCCUCCACCCAGCCAGUCUGACAUGCCAGCAACAAUAUUCCUUCAACAGUCUCAACUUCCAAGAUGUUCUUUUUGACGACGCAGACCUGUGGCCUCUCGCUGAAGGGUUCUUUGACCCAGCAGGAACCUCGGCAACCCUAUCAGGGACUGACACUUUGCCUCAGAUUGUCGCACCAGAACCUCUGGAAGAAAGCGACGACUUGAUAGAAUACCAGUUCAUCUCCCCUACGGCAAAUUCUCACGCCAUUGGUGAACAUAAUAUUACCAAUCCAGAUGAUGACGGCGAUGCAGGGACACUUGGCUCUCAUGACCUUGAAAGCAUAAUCCCAAACCACUAUGGGUUUGGAUACUGGCUCUCAAUCUGUUCUGGUCCUGGAAUUGCGUGGAUUUGCCAAAAACACCAAUCCAACGAGUUUGCUGAAAUCGCCCAGGAAAUGAAAGCCAGCUGGGCACAACAGUCGAAACUACAGCACACUCAGCCUAUGUCUCAAAGCGCUGAGCCCGAGCCACCACUUGCUUGGCAGUAUUGCAAAGCCUACUUCGAGCGCUCAGUGGACAAUCUGUGGGAGAGCGUCUAUCGACCCGACUUUGAACGGCACUUACGAGCCCACCUUUCGGGAAAAGUACAGUAUGACGAUCCUGCUUGGUACGCUCUUCGUAACGUCGUCUAUGCUGGGGGCUGUCGAAUGUAUCGCUCUCAAUUUCCAGAAGCCAACCCUUCCGACGUUCAAAGAGAAUCCUGGAGCUAUUUCUCCAAUUCCUUAUCUGUCCACAGCGAAUUGUUGCUCACCAAGCCCACACUGCGCUCUGUUCGAGCUCUACUGACCAUGGCUCUGUUUGCAGAAGGCUUAGCAAGCCCAGCAUUGAGUUCAGGCUUGGCGUCAAAUGCUGCACUUCUUGCUCAAUCCCUAGGUCUUCAUCGGAAGCGAGUUGAUACCGACGCUGAUGAACAUUCGGAAUCUCUACAGCCCACUUGGCUCUUCUGGGCGGUGUAUUGCACCGAGAAACACAUCGCACAGCGCUGUGGGCAGCCUUCUUUGAUUAACGAUGAUGACAUUACUUGCGACAUACCCACGACAGUCCACCCCGGGAGCACCAUUGAGCUUGAGACACUCACCUAUAUCAUUCAGACCUGUCGGCUCUACCACCAGCUCAGUAAGCAAAUGCUGACUACCCGAGCGCUCCAGGAGCCUCCGGAAAAGAUGCUCAGCCUUGUGCGGCAGUUUGACCAUCAACUCCAAGCAUGGAAAGAGUCAAUGCCGUUACAGCUCCGGCCCACCGAUUUCCUGAAGCAAUUCAAGAUGCCGGGGAACAGGAAGCUUUUGGGACUAAUGACGGCACACUGUUCCUUCUACGACCUUGUCAUGGCGGCUCAUUCUACCUUUCUGUACCCAUGGGUCAUCCAGUCGUGCUCCGAGAAUGUAGACGCGGAACUGGCUCGGCAGAUCAAAGAACAAAUUCACGUCAGUUCGCAUUUGGUUGCAAACGCCUCACGGAGUCUCAUUGUCAUCAUAAGGAGCCUGGAUAUGGACAGUGUUGGUACCCAAUCGUUCGCGUUACAUUUUCCAAUGCGGGCCUUUGUCAACCUCUUCGUCUUUGUUCUCCAAAAUCCGCGAUUGCCUUCGGUUCAGUCAGACCUGGCGCUCCUGGACGUAGCAGCGGGGUAUUUCGGCCAGAUGGAAUUUAUAACCGGGUCCAAGAUCAGUUUCCCAUUUGCUCGAGACAUUGCAGCCCUUGCUCGAAGUGUCGUCGCCGAGGCCCAAAAAGCCUCAUCCCAAGCCCCCGGAGAGGUGACUCGCAAUGUCAAAAUGAACAUGUGA